AUGCACAUGAUUACCUUAGCCAUGCUUAAUGGUGGGGUUAAUCUAUUUGUUGUUCAUAAUGUCUCUGAACCUGAGGUGAUACAUAUGUUAGAAUAUAUUCCUCAGAAUACAAAUGAAGUAGAAGUUGAACCUGUAGGUAUGGUUAAGGGUGAAGAUGAAGAGCAAGGUGGGGGUAUGGUUGAGGGUCAAUGUGAAGAGCAAGGUGGGGGUAUCACUGAAAGUGUUGUUGUUUUAGAAGAAAGAGUUGAGGCUGAUGAUCUUGUUGAAGGAGAAAUUAAAACAGAGGUUGGUGGGGGUGAAUGUGAGAGAGGUCAGUGUGAUGGAAUGACUGAAAGUGUUGUUGUUUCAGAAGAAAGACUUCAGGAUGAUGAUGUUGUUGAAGGAGAACUUCAAACAGAGCAUAGUGAAAGACAAUUUGAGGUGGCUGUGAAUGAAGGUGAGAGAGGUCAGUGUAAUGGAAAGACUGAAACUGAUGUUGUUUCAGAAGAAAGAGUUGAGGCUGAUGAUGUUGUUGAAGGAGAAAUUGAAACACAGGUUGGUGUGGGUGAGGUUGAAGAGGAUGCUUGUGAUGUUCGUAGCUGGACCAGUAGUGGUGAUGAUGAUGGCAAUGAUGAGGUUAAUUAUGACUGUAUGGAAGGUCUAGUUGAUGUUAAUGUUGAGUGUGAUUUAGAAGAGGAGAGUGAUGAUGAUAGAGGUUUGUCCGAUGAUGAAUGGAAAUCUAAUGAAUUAGACAGUGGAGCAGAAAGUGAAGCAGAUGAUGAUGAAGAGGAGGGUUAUGGGAAGUUUGUAACCUUCUGCAUGCCUAAGACAAUGGUAGAUUAUAAAUGGGAUGUGGGAACUUAUUUUGCUGACAAGCAAGACUUUGUGGAUGUCAUCAAAACAUAUGCAAUAGAAAAUGGUAGAAAUAUUAAAUAUAUUAAAAAUGAUAAGAAGAGAAUUAGGCUAAAAUGUAUGGGUGCUAAAGGAGAGUGCCCCUGGAUGGCAUAUUGUGCUUAUAUGGAAGCCAUUCAUACGUGGCAAUUAAGGACUAUUGUUGACAACCACAGAUGUAGUAGAGAGCACAAAUUAAGAUUACUUAAUGCAAAAUGGCUCAGUAAGAGGUUGGAAAAAACUGUUAAACAAAAUCCCCAAGUAAAGGGAGUGGAAAUUCGUGAGAAGAUAAAUAGAAAAUGGAAUGUAGGUGUAUCUAGAUGUAUGGCUUAUAGGACAAAGGACAUUGCUUCAGACAAUGUUGAUGGGUCUUUCAAAGACCAAUAUAGAAGGAUUUAUGAUUAUGCGAAUGAGGUUUUAGCUCAUAAUCCAGGAUCCACAGUGAAAGUCAAAGUUGAAGAGAAUGUGGAUGAAGCCAUUUUUAGGAGGUUUUAUACAUGUCUAAAGGCCUGCAAGGAUAGUUUUGUGUCCUGCAGGCCAAUUAUUGGGUUGGAUGGUGCUUUUCUGAAAGGAAAAUAUGAUGGUGAAAUGUUAACUGCUGUUGGUAGAGACGCAAAUGAUCAAAUGCUACCUCUUGCAUAUGUCGUGGUGGAAGUAGAGAAGAAGGAUACUUGGAGAUGGUUCCUUGAACUUCUAGUUGAAGAUCUCAGUGGGGAGGAAGUAAGUUCAUCAUUUACAUUCAUGUCGGACCAGCAAAAGGGACUACUACAAGCUGUACAAGAAGUGGUGCCUAGAGUUGAUCAACGUUUCUGUGCAGCUACAACAACCCAUCCACAAGCAUGGGAAGCAGAAAUGAGAAAUAUUAAACAGCUUAACGAUGAGGUUUUCAAAUACUUGUUAAAAAUCCCUCCCAGGUACUGGUCAAGAUCAAGAUUUAGCAGCAAGCCUAAGUGUUAUACUUUGGUUAACAACAUGUCAGAGGCUUUCAAUAGUGUAAUGGUGCAUACAAGCUGGUCAGCCAACAAGAUUUUUGAAGUUCGCCAUGUGUCCCAAGCUGGUGACAAAUUUGUAGUAAAUUUAGAUGAAAAUUUGUGUACAUGCAGGAAGUGGGAAAUCACUGGCAUACCAUGUUGCCACACCUUAGCUGCUAUGAAAUUCCUAAAUCUUGAUGCAGAGGAAUUCAUUCCAUGUUGCUUUAGGAAGUCCACAUAUGAAGAAACAUACUCUUCAAUUGUCUAUCCAAUAAAUGGUAACAAUCUGUGGGAGAUUACCACAUAUGAUGAUGUCUUCCCUCCACCAAAGAGAACAUUGCCUGGGAAACCAAAGAAGAAGCGAAGGUUGGAGCAAUGGGCGUUGGUGAAGGAUGACAAAAGAAUGAGAAAGGGUGGUUUAAAGAAAAGAUGUGGCAUUUGUAAGGAACUCGACCACAACAGGACUUCUUGCACCAAAGCAAAACAAACAAUUGAUUUGAACUCUCAACAAACACAACAAAGUAACCCAUCAACUCAACCAAUGAUGCCAUCAUCAAAUCAGGUAGAAGCUGCAGUUGAAGGGGAUAAAUGA